GAUGGACGGCUGUAAAAGCGGUGAAAUAUCAAAGCCGGGAUGGGAGCUGUCAUCGUCGGGCCAACAUCAUGGGUGGCGUGUUGAAUUAGAAUGCCUUCCCACACCCCACACAGGGCCAAACCCCACCGCAAUUCUCCCACCAUAAUCCUUCGACUAGAACUGGUGGGGACGACAAGAGAGGACAGGUUAUACACCCUGGCUUGCCGAAGAAGGAGGGGAAGAGAGCGGAUCGUGUCGCCAGGCGGCGUUGCGGUCGCAUUCCACUUCGUGCACCGAACAGCUCCGUCGAGAGCUGCCACUAUUUUCCUGGAUUCCACUUGGUGUACAUCGUUUGCGUUUAAUCGUUUCAUAUCACGGAGAGAUUGAUCAACUAACGCGUAUACCGAAACUGUGCCCCGGAAUAUUUAAAACGUUUACGUUCAUCAGUUUGUUCCUGUUUCGUGAUUUGUGAAGAUUUACUUGUAGUUUUGUGCAGUGAUUGGCUUAAUAAGUGUAAAACCAAAUGGUUGUCCUCGAGGAAGGCGGUAUGCUGACUACUGGACACAAUCAAUAUCUACAACCGGAUUAUCUUUCUCCGCUUCCAACUACGUUGGAUGCGAAGAAGAGUCCUUUAGCUUUAUUGGCCCAAACAUGCAGUCAGAUAGGUGCUGAUUCUCCAACAAAGCCUUUGAUUUCUCCGCUGGAUAAAACGCCGAAGAGCAUGAAUACCGGUACAAACGCAAAAUCUCCACCAGCUGCAAAGUUGGAACGGAGUAGUACACGCAGCAGCCCGUCGGACGGGAAAUCCUUGGCUUUUAAGCCUUACGAAACUAAUGUUGUUUCAAAAAAAUCUACUGACGAAAGUAGACCUGCGUCGAAAGCAAGUGUUCACAGUGUUAGUGGUCAAGAGAGUGUAAGUGUGAGUGAUACCAGUCACACAGAAAAAAAGUCAUCGGGAAAUCGUACGCCCGUCGGCCGAAAGUCAGCCUCUCCCGCGACUCAAGCGACAGCGACGGCAAGCACCACUCCAUCCACUGAUCGGAAGACACCGGCGGAUCGGGACAAAACCGAUGGAUCGCCACGUAAUAACAACAAUGGUACUAGCCCGAUCAUUAGAUCAGGCAUGGAGAUUCUUUCUGGUAGUCAUACAAAGGAAUCGAACUUGGGUGCAUAUAAGCCUAGUCUUCCGGGAUUUUCUGGAAACCCGCUCUGUUGCCCACCUGGAUUGGCAGAAAAUCCAGCGUUUAGACCACCGUUUGCUGGUGCAUCUCCCUUUUCACAUCAUCACGCUGCAGCAGCAGCUCUUUUGGGUUAUCCAUCAAGUACUCCGACAGGUGGAAACCCUUAUCUGAGUUACGCUCGUGUCAAGACUCCUGCCGGUGGAGAGGCCCUAGUACCGGUUUGUAAGGAUCCUUACUGUACUGGUUGCCAAUAUAGUAUGCACAGCGCGCAGCUAAUGAUGAGUACUGGAACUUGUCCGAGUGGAUGUACACAAUGUGAUCAUCAAAAGUACGGUUUGGCAAUGGCAUUGUCAUCGUUUGGUCCUAUGGCUCCACCGUCGCUUUCUUACCCGUCCACAUUAACCGGUGGUAGACCAUACGUUUGUAAUUGGAUCGCUGGCGAUUCUUAUUGUGGAAAGCGAUUUACUACAUCGGAAGAGCUUCUUCAGCAUCUUCGUAGCCACACAAGUUUAACCGGUGGCGAUCAUGCGUCGUCUUCAGCCGCUUUACUCAGCAAUCCACAUCCGCAUCCUUUGCUCUCGCCGUCGGCAGCUUUACAUCGUGCGAGCGGCGGGUCUUACCCGACGCCUUCUCUGAGUCCGUUGAGCGCCAGAUAUCACCCAUACGGAAAGCCACCGACGGGACCUCUUCCAGCCUCGCUCGCCGCAUCACCUUAUAGCGCUUUCAACGCAUUAGGACCUUAUUAUUCUCCAUACGCGAUCUACGGCCAGCGAAUUGGUGCUGCAGUACAUCCUUAAACUGGUGCUCCGGUGUAAACAUUUUCAGUGUACAGUCUACAAUAGUGUAAAAUAGGAAAUUGUCAAAAUGAGCUUUUGACAAUCUGUUGUGUAAAUAAUUAAACGUGUAUAAUAUAAAUUUAUUUAAAAAGAUACCUAUAUAUAUAUACAACAUGUGUGUAUAAAUUCAAGAUUACAAUUAAAGUUUAUAAAGAUAUCUUGUGACUUUAACGUUUCACCAUCAAAUCAUUCUUUGCGGAAAACCUAUAUUAACGUACCUCCUAACGUUUGAUCAUUAUGUAGGGAAGAACAUGUACACUGUGGAUAGACACCUUAGACAUCUUCGAAUCGAUAGGAAUGUUUCUAUACGGCACAUUACUGCGUAAAGUAUUUCGAUCUUUGUAACCAAGUUCAAAAACCUAUGGAUAAGUAGCAAAAACGCCGUGCGUAGCGAAAUUUUCGAGUGCUAAUUAAUUUUCAUGUUUAAUGGGAAACAUUCGCUUGUUUCUUAAUUGUGUUUGAAGUUUAAAGUGAUACAAUUAGUCGUACGGAAACAGUGUUAGGUGUUGAUGAAAAUCGUAGACUUAUGUAGCGAUACUCACUAAUCGCUUUCUUCUAUGAUAGUGACGAUAGUCUGAUGGCGUGAAUCUUGAAACGGUCGUGCAUGUUCUAAUGUCCACAAUGUAACUGUGAUAUUACGCUAUUUUUUCGAAAAAAUAAUAGGUGAUAACAUUAAUGAUGGUAUCUAAACUAUAUCUAUAAUGAAGUGUAUCGUCUAACUUAUUCGUAUCGUUUGUAUAAGUGACAGAUUGUAAAAGUGAUGAAACUGAGAAAGAAAUGUGCUUAUUAUUUCCUCUGAAUUUCCGAAUGCAGUUAUUAUAAACGGAAUAAUUAACAAUACUUUACAUUUAUUCAGAAAUACAUUGGAUUUUUAUUCUUCGUUAUGUAAAGUACUCUGAUUGAACGAACAUAAUGUAUGAUAGACAUUAUUUGCACUGUAAAUAUCUCUUGUAAAUAUCGUUGAGUUUCCAUACCGCUUUAAUAAAAACAAUGUUUGUGAAAUCAUUAAA